AUGUUAAUUCGCAUACCUCCAACAACUUCAUCUUCAAACCAACUGCAAUCAAUACCAUAUCCAUCGUCACCUUUUGUUACUUCGUCUGGUGAGCUCAGCAGCAGUGGCAGCUUCCCGAAACCUGUAAUAGUAGCCGGGAAAGGUUUCGACUCGGCUGGCGAGCAUAUGAUUCAUCUGAAUCUGUGGUUGUUUGUAUUCUUCUGGGAACAGUCGUUAGACCAAGGACCAUAG